CGACUCCUACGUGUGCCACCUCUCAUCGGUUCCGGGUAGCAGAAACGGAGUUUGUUCCUGGAGCUGCCUGUUCUUUUGAAAGGAUAUCGAAAACACGUGAUCUUUUGUGUCGUCAACGUAAUUAUUGAUUAAAUAUCAAAACAUGGCGGUGAACACAGGCACAUCCCUGGUUCUGUCCAGUCUGUUCUCUGUGUUGGUGUUUGCUGGGAUGCAGAUGUUCAGCAGACAGCUGGGCUCUACAGAGUUGCUCACCAUCCUGGGAGGCUUCCUGGGCUCUGUCCUCUUCAUCUGCUCCCUCACAGCCUUCAAUAACCUGGAAAACCUCAUCUUCGGCAAGGGAUUCCAGGUCAAGAUCUUCCCAGAGAUCCUGGUGUGCCUGUGCCUCUCUCUGUUUGCCUCUGGGCUGGUGCACCGUGUGUGUGUCACCACAUGUCUGAUAUUCUCUCUGUUCGCCCUCUACUACAUCAACAAAGUGUCUGCUGCUCUGUACCAGGCAGCUGUUCCCACGGUAAUGCCAGCCAAGGCUGCCAGCAAGGGCAAGAAAAAGAACUAAGUCACUAAUUAGAUCAAGCUUUCAUACCGUCAUCCAAUCAGCAUCCACUACAACGGCUAACCAGGCAAGGGAGAAAUGGUGUAGGUUAGCCAAUGACAGUGUACCCCAGUUUCCUUUUUGUAGGUCGUGCCAACCAGCAUUCUUAGAUAUUUUCCUUGACAUCUUAACUCUAUGAUCACUGAUCUCCAAGGACUGGACACCUCUCAGCAGUAUAGAUAGCCUGAGACCUACCCAGCCCAUCCAUACACUGUUCUCAGCAGUAUAGAUAACCUGAGACCUACCCAGCCCAUCCAUACACUGUUCUCAGCAGUAUAGAUAACCUGAGACCUACCCAGCCCAUCCAUACACUGUUCUCAGCAGUAUAGAUAGCCUGAGACCUACCCAGCCCAUCCAUACACUGUUCUCAGCAGUCAUGAGGCCUGGGGUGGAGGAAAGGAAGCAGUUUGGGAUCUAGCCAGAAUCAUGUCUCUACAUUCCCUACAUCAUCCCCAUGUACUCAGCACUUGUUUCAAAAUGCUUGUCUACAGAUCCAUACUUUUGAUUGACAUCCAUUUUGUUUUGGUAUGAAAACUUUGUUGUGGUUAAUGAAUUUGUAAUUAAAACCCAUUGAAAAUA